UGGUUCAUAUUGCGUACUAUCAAAAAAUAGUACGUUGAGAAAGAAGCAUAUAUAGAAAACCCAGCGCCACACACAUUAGCAGAAGUAUAAUAAUGGCGGAAGUGAGCAACAAGCAGGUAAUACUGAAACACUACGUCACCGGAUUUCCCAAGGAGUCAGACAUGGAACUACGAACCCUCACUCUCAAGCUGGAGCUUCCCCCAGAUUCCAACGCCCUGCUUGUUAAGAACCUCUAUCUCUCCUGCGAUCCCUACAUGCGUGACCGCAUGAGCAAACCCCAUGACUCCUAUGUUCCGUCCUUCACUCCCGGAUCUCCCAUUGUGGGAUAUGGAGUGGCUAAAGUCGUGGAUUCUGAUAAUCCAAACUUCAAGAAAGGCGACUUGGUUUGGGGGAUGACUGGAUGGGAAGAGUACACCAUUAUCACUGAUACACAGGCCCUCUUUAAAAUCGAGCAUACAGAUGUGCCUCUUUCUUACUAUACUGGACUCCUGGGCAUGGCUGGUCUGACUGCUUAUGUUGGAUUUUAUGAGGUGUGUUCUCCCAAGAAAGGAGACACUGUCUAUGUUUCAGCCGCAUCUGGUGCUGUUGGUCAGCUUGUUGGACAAUUAGCCAAGCUUUUUGGUUGCUAUGUUGUUGGUAGCGCUGGAAGCAAAGAAAAGGUUGAUCUGUUGAAGAACAAAUUUGGGUUUGAUGAGGCUUUUAACUACAAAGAGGAGCAGGACUUGGAUGCAGCUUUGAAAAGAUUCUUUCCUGAUGGAAUUGAUAUUUACUUUGAGAAUGUGGGGGGAAAGAUGUUGGACGCCGUGCUUCUCAACAUGAAGCUCCACGGCAGGAUCGCUGCGUGUGGAAUGAUCUCACAAUACAACCUUGACAAACCAGAAGGUCUUCACAACUCAUUCUGCCUAAUCUCUAAACGAAUUCGCAUCCAAGGAUUUCUGGUAUUCGAUUACUACCAUCGUUAUCCACAAUAUCUGGACAUGAUUCUACCAUGCAUAAAGAAAGGGAUGGUUACAUACGUCGAGGAUGUAGCCGAGGGACUUGAAACUGCUCCCGCUGCUUUGAUUGGGCUUUUCUCUGGUCGAAAUGUUGGGAAGCAAGUUGUUACCAUUUCACACCAAUAAAUCGAGUUGGUUAAUUGCUAUUCUCAUCUGAUGAGUCUGCUUCCUUAUUAUGCCCUCCAAUCAAUAUUUUCAGAAGAAUAAUAAAGUGCUUCUAAUCUACUAAAGGGAGGGGUAUGCUGUACUGCCAUAUUCAUAUACUUUGCUUUUGUUAAGAA